AUGAAACAUCAGAACUUGCCACCUGCCAUCUCGAGUCGUGGGCGUCCCUGCACAUCGGGGACAGAUUCACGUCGCUCGCGCCGCAGCCACCUCGUUACGGACGCGCCCUGGAGAGGCGCUGCCAUCGCCACGGCUGCUUCGGCGUCGGCGUCGGCGUCGGCAGGCAAUUACAGAGGCUGGCGCCGCGCGGCGCGCAUUCCAUUAGCCAGCGGCGGUGGCGGCGGCGGCGGCGGCGGCGGCGGCGGCGGCGCCCGCGGAAUGCAGAUGAACAAGGCGGCGUCGCGCACGGAUCCGCCAGUGGUCUGGACGUCGAACGGUCGGCGUCCAUCACCGCCCGCCGAGCUGACACUUGAUGCUGGCGUCGUCAACUCUCCGGAUGGACCAGGCGGUCGCAGGACGGGUGCGGCGCGCUGCCAGUGGCUGGCGCGCCUGGUGGGGGGGAGCGGCGAGUGGUGGGGGAAGCGGCCUACGGACGGGACGCGGCCGGCCGGCCUGCGCCGGGCUGCCAGUCUGGCGGCGGUAGUCGUCGCGGCCAGAGGGCAGCAGAGAGCGGCGCCCGCGCUGCGUCCCGGCGCCGACAACACGUGA